AUGGAUGCUCCGAAGCUGAUUCCCAACCGGGUCGAUCCCGAGAAGAAACCAUGUGCGGCUGUGGAUGAGGAGUCACUGCAGCAUGCCCAAGCAUUGACAGAUGCCGUGGAUCAAGUGGAUGCCAUCUCCGAGGUGCUGGACGAUGACAACCUCCUUAGGGAGAUCAUCCUCCGCGUCGACUUCCCCACCACCCUCGUCCGCGCCGCUGUUGUUUCCAGGCGUUGGUACCGUCAUGUCUCCGACCGCAAGUUCCUCUCCUGCUUCCGCAACCUUCACCCUUCCCGCCUCCUUGGCUUUUACCUCGGGGAUAGAAUGGACCAUAGUGUGCCUGCACGCUUCUUCACGAUGCAGCCCCAACCCACGGAGCUUGCCGACAUCGUCUGCCGGGCAAGCUUCAGCUUGGACACCUAUCAGAGCGCAACAUCUGACAUCAUAGGCUGCCAGAAUGGCACAGUUCUCAUCAGCUUGUUCGAUGGCACAUACUAUUCAGUUGUAGUGCACAACCCGCUUUGCCCUGAGAGGGUCCCGGUCGUCCUCCCGCCACUCCCACAGCUAAAUGACGGCUACUACGGUGUCUGGAAGUAUCUCCUCACCUCUACAGAAGAAAACGGCGUCUUGUCCUACUUGUAUGUGUUGGUGGAGGGUCACAAGAAAACAACAAAAUCUAGAGUGCACGUACAUAUGUUGCGACAUGGUGAUGUUGCCUGGCGUGUGCAUUGUACCUUUGACACAUACGAACUACUUGAUUUGCGAUGGGAACCAAACGUUGAGCUCGCUGACAAUAAGAUUUAUAUAGCAACUGCCUAUGAUGACAUUGUUGUCUUUGAUUUGACGGCCUCAAGUAUCUCCAGGAUUCAGCUCCCACAAGGGGUGGAGUAUGGCAAUAGAGACACCAGGUUGGUACGUGCUGAUGAUGCUUCUGGUAUGUAUCUCAUCCAUGCCAAAAAGCUUCAACUUUGCAUCUGGCUCCUCAAGGGGGACUCUUGGUUGCUGGUGCACAGCAUUUGUUUGCAUGAGAUGGUUGCUCAUUUGACGAUGUCAAAUUGUGAUGCUGAGGACAAGUCUUCUACUACACUCCAGAUAAACCAUGUGGGAGAUUAUGCCGAGUUUGUGUUCUUGGAGAUAGGUCGAUGUGCAUUCCACUUGGAUAUCAAGUACAAGAGACUGGUUAAAGUGUAUGACAUGGAAGAAAAAGAUCAAUGUUUGGGUGAUAUCCAUCCUUUUAUGAUGAUCUGGCCUCCCACAUUUCCUACGCUCAAGGAUGAUCAUGCAUAG